GCAUCUACAAUGACGAUGGGUAAAGAGAACAUGACAACUGAAGCAUCAGCACAAGACAUCGGUGGGGUGUUCUCGAUAUUUAUAGAGAUUGUCACCAUCCUUGUGAAUAUCUUACCUUUGUUGGUUGUUACUCGUGGAAAAACAUUUCGAACACGAUCCACAACGGAGGAUGUAAUUCUAGUGCUUAGUUUACUGUACAUUUUCUCAGCUCUGAUUCCAUCUCCAAUGGCUCAUGUCAGUUACUUCAGCAACACUUGGAUUGGAGGCGAAAUAACGUGUAAAUUGUAUCAAUUUCUGGUGCACACUUUGAGAACAUCAGUGCUUUGUACUGUGGCAAUAUUGAGCUUGAAUCAAACAAUAUAUAUUUUUCAUUUUCUCAAUAUGAAAGACUACACAUAUUUACCGAGUGCCAAAACUAAAGUUAUCUGCAUCAUUCUGUUAAAUAUCAUUGGAUGCAUGGUUAUACCGUUCAUGCCUUUAGUUGGACUAGGACCGAUGACUUACCGAAAUGAGCGCUGUGAAUUCUGGCUCUUCCAGAAAAUUGAAAAUGGAAAUGAAUAUGCUUUUCUCAUCUUAUUUCUGUGUUUUGCAGCUUGUAAUGUUCUUCUUAUUUCAAUAUCCAAUCUAAUUUCGCUGUGUUGCAAGAACUUUAUCAAAAGAAAAAUGUGUAUCUCAACGAGUGUUGGGGAAGAGGGUGGAUUUCAGUGGCAGACAGUUGGAACACGUGUAUUGACAGGGAAUAAUCUAGUUUUGGCAGUGUCUAUCCCAGUUAUUAUUACCUGGGUACCCACUAUGAUCCUGGUGCUUAUGAGAGAACUUGGCGUUAAUGUCAGUGCAGUAUCGAUUUUAUACGCCUUACUUGGUACUUCCGUUUCCGGUUUGGUGAACCCAAUCAUUUAUGGUCUAUGUGAUGUUAACUUCCGCCGACGCUAUCGACGUUUAUUCAUGGCCAUCUGCAACAUCAAACAAAUGGCACCAAUAACUGAUCAAGUUGUUACACGGUCAGCUUCCGGGGUAGAGACAUUAACACCUGACAGGAGAUCUCGUGGGAACGUACAAUCCUCGUCCUCCGCGGGAUUUCUAAAUUCAGCAUUUGAUAGUCAAACAGCAUCAGAUUUCACAUCCUACCAGCCAUCAAAGAAAGUAGUAGAUGUGACACUAAAUGAGGAAACCUCAUUGCCGUCAGAGGGAACUCAACUUCUUUCCGGUAAAAAUGUACAAAACUCUGUUAGAUCAAGGAAUGGAGAGAAAUCGUGCAUGAUUCCCGAAGAAUCUUCCGCGGAAUUUUCUGAGGAACUUGAUUUAUAUGAGGAAUUGACCUCUGGCGGAUCUAGCGAACACGAUGACAGCCUUGAUGAAAUAAAUGAAACAUUCAUAUAAUGUUUAUAUAUAUGCUAUAUGCCUUUCCAUGGGAGGAGGCGCUCAAGAUUCUGCUGUUUCGGAGUGUUUAUAAUUCAUAAUAGUAUUAAUAUUUCAAUAAUGAAAGAUGCAUUUAUAUAUUCAAAUGUUAAAAUU